AUGCCUUCCUCAACAAUUGAUACUAUCCUUUCGUUUGUCGAUGUUAAAGUACCCGAGGCUUUGGCUCAACGAAAAGGCCCUGGGCCCCUUUUUAUCUUAAUUUCUGGAAUACAAGGAUCAGGCAAGUCAUAUAACGCUUACAGGUUGUUUGAGCAUUUAAGUAAGCAUUAUAAAACCUUAAACAUCUCUAUAGAUGAUUUCUAUCUGCCUCACAAUGAACAAUUGGCAUUGAGUAAAAAGUAUGAACAGAAUCCUUUAUUACAGGGAAGAGGACUUCCUGGUACUCAUGAUCUAGAUCUGCUUGAAGCUGUCAUCAAGAGAUUGAAUAGUCCAGAACCUGGAGUUCUGGUUAUCCCGAAAUACAAUAAGGCUGCUUUUAAUGGAGAAGGUGACCGCGCAGGGUAUGCUAAAGUCAAAAAGCCAAUUGACAUUGUGAUCCUGGAGGGGUGGUUUCUCGGAUUCCAGUCUAUACCAGAGGCUAAAUUGGCUCUAUUCGCAGGUGAAAACACCAAUAGUUCCCUCGCCCUAAUUAAUCAGUUCCUCCGCAGGUAUGAAACUAUCCUGUGGAAGAAUUCCGAGCUCAACACAUUAGGGAUCGUGCUUGCCGCUGAUGACAUUCAAAACGUUUAUACCUGGCGAGUCCAGCAAGAGCAUGAACUGAUUAAAAACACAGGCAGUGGCAUGACCGAUGAACAAGUGUCUCAAUUUCUUACUCGCUAUAUGCAGUGUUAUAAGAUCUACUACGACAGGUUCGUACGUAGUCGCGCAUUAGGCAACAUUUGCAACCUAAUAAUUGGACUCGACCUGCAGCGUACCACCACCUACGUACUUCUAUAG